GAGAAAGAAUUCACACUGGAUGAAAAUAAUUUUCUGAAGCUGGGCAUAUUCCAGGAACUGUAACCCAAAUGUUUCUCUGUCCGUGGAGAAGAUUUCACAUUUGAAAUAACUUCUACUGAAGCUAGUUGUGUCCCAUCAACAUGUUCUGGAAGUUUGAUUUGAACACAACAUCACAUGUGGACAAGCUGCUGGAUAAAGAAGAUGUGACACUUCACGAGCUGAUGGAUGAAGAUGACAUCUUACAGGAGUGCAAGGCUCAGAACCGCAAGCUGCUGGACUUCCUUUGCCAGCAGCACUGCAUGGAGGAGCUGGUCAACCUCAUCACACAUGAGCCCCCUGUGGAUAUGGAUGAGAAGGUCCGCUUCAAAUAUCCAAACACAGCCUGUGAACUGCUGACCUCGGAUGUGCCGCAGAUCAACGACAAGCUAGGAGGGGAUGAAACUCUGCUGAAUAUCCUCUAUGACUUCUUGGAUCACGAGCCUCCUUUGAACCCUUUGCUUGCCAGUUUCUUCAGUAAGACUAUUGGGAAUCUCAUUGCAAGAAAAACGGAACAGGUGAUUGCAUUUUUAAGGAAAAAAGACAAAUUUAUUAGCCUGGUGCUAAAGCAUAUAGAUACAUCAGCAAUGAUGGACCUCCUGCUUCGUCUAAUCAGCUGUGUGGAGCCCGCGACUCUACGGCAGGAAGUACUGAAUUGGCUUAAUGAAGCAAAGAUCAUUCAGAGACUUGUGGAACUGAUCCAUUCAAGCCAGGAUGAGGAUAGGCAAUCAAAUGCUUCCCAGACCCUGUGUGAUAUCAUAAGAUUGAGCAGAGACCAGAGCAAUCAACUCCAGGAUAUACCUGAGCCUGAUCCACUUCUCACAGCACUGGAAUCGCAGGAAUGUGUGGAGCAACUCCUGAAGAAUAUGUUUGAUGGAGAACAGACUGAAAAUUGCAUAGUGAAUGGGACACAAGUUCUUCUAACAUUGCUGGAAACAAGGCGCUCUGGAGUGGAAGGACUGAUGGACUCAUACACUCAGGGAUUUGAAAGGUCUUACACUGUCAAUAGCAGCAUCUUACAUGGUAUUGAACCAAGGCUAAAGGAUUUCCACCAGCUGCUGCUCAGCCCUCCCAAGAAAACAGCAAUCCUAACUACAAUUGGUGUCUUGGAGGAGCCACUGGGGAAUGCUCGUCUUCAUGGAUCUCGUCUAAUAGCUGCUCUGCUUCACACAAACACUCCCAGUAUUAAUCAGGAACUAUGCAGACUCAGUACCAUGAAUUUAUUACUUGACUUAUUUUUUAAAUACACAUGGAAUAACUUUUUGCAUUUCCAAGUGGAAUUGUCCAUAGCAGCUAUUCUCUCACACUCUGUGCAAGAGGGAAAAACUACUACUAAUGACCUAGAAAGCAAAGAAGAGGUGCUGAAUGGAAAUGUGGCCACAGAGAACUUAGAGGCUCCAGAAAACAAUACCGAGAAUAUCAUGGUUACUCAUCUGUUCCAGAAAUGCUGCCUAGUGCAAAGGAUAUUGGAUGCCUGGGAAGCCAAUGACAAAAUACAGGCAGAAGGUGGAAUGAGGCGAGGCAAUAUGGGCCACCUCACCCGGAUAGCCAAUGCUGUAGUUCAGAAUAUGGAGAAGGGCCCCAUGCAGACUCAAAUUAGUGAGUUCAUUAAAGAGCUACCUGAAGAUUGUAGAGGGAGAUGGGAGAGUUUUGUAGAAGAGACGCUGACGGAAACAAACAGGAGGAACACAGUGGAUUUGGUGAGCACUCACCAUCUGCACUCUUCCAGUGAGGAUGAAGACAUUGAGAGUGCUUUUCCCAAUGAACUUUCUCUCCAACAGGCCUUCUCUGAGUACCAGAUCCAGCAGAUGACAGCUAACUUCGUGGAUCAGUUUGGCUUUAACGAUGAGGAGUUUGCAGACCAGGAUGAUAAUAUCAAUGCUCCCUUUGACAGGAUCGCAGAGAUAAACUUCAAUAUAGAUGCUGAUGAUGACAGUCCCAAUGCUUCCCUCUUUGAAGCCUGCUGCAAUGAACGGAUCCAACAAUUUGAUGACAAUGAGGAGGAAGAAGAUAUCUGGGAAGAGAAGGAGAUAACCUAUGCAACCCAAGUUAAAUCAAGAACACGAUUUGGAGCGUCUCAGACCUCAGAGAGUUCGUCAAAAAGUGAUCUUGAGAAUGGAGAUCAUGAUGGUAGCGUGGACUCCGAAGAAGAGGAGGAAACAGAACAGCAGCCACCUCCUUCCUCAGCAAACAACAACAAGAAUAAUAUUUCUGAGCAGAAAGACUCUGACUCCUCUGAAGGGUCUGGAUGGACAGCUGUGUUCGAGCCCGUGAACUCGAAGCCCCCUGCACCCUGUGUUGCCAUGGAUGUUGGAUCGAGUGUAUGGGAUUCAGCAGCCCCAGAGAACACCACGCCAGAGGAGAAAGGAUGGGCAAAGUUUACAGACUUCCAGCCUUUCUGUUGCUCAGAAUCAGGUCCACGAUGCAGUUCUCCUGUCGACACAGAAAGCAAUGAUUCAGAUGGAAACCCGAAGCAGAGUCAGGACAAGAACUUCAGCACUGCCUCUCCCUGUGUUUGGAACGUCUGUGUCACGAGGAAAGCGCCGCUGGUGGCCUCAGACAGCAGCUCCUCUGGAGGCUCCGACAGUGACGAGGAGGAGGAUAAAGCUGAUAUCGUCACAGAAACCAUCAGCACAGGGUCGGGCCAGGAAACCAUCAAGCUGACUAUGGAUGCUAAAAACGAGAAGGCUGUUUUCACCAGAGUAUUUAGACCUGCAGUCAGAGG